AUGUACACUGAAUAUAAAUCUAUACCGAAAACAACAGAUGAACAUCAAUGCUGUUUCUUACCGUGUAUUAGUCAUCAUAUUCAUUCUCAACCUAGUUCGAAUGAUUCUAUUAAUUGUAUUACAAAAGAUACAAAACAAGAAUAUGAACAAAGACAAAAAAUAGAAGCAUUUGUUUUUGCUAAAUUAGAAGAAUAUUCUCAAGAAAAAUCUACGAAUCUAUUUCAUUUAACAACACACUUUUAUAUACGUCGACGUUUAAAACGCGAUGUGAAACAUUUAUCGAAAAGAUUCGACUCAAAUUAUGUAUCCGAAGAAAAAAUUCUUCAAUGGACUGAUGAUACACUUGAGAGAAUUAAUUCACAUUUUCCAAAUUUACUAUCGCUUAUCGAUUCUCGAAAUGAAUUAAAAGAAUUACUUCUAAGAGAUGAUUGUUUUUCAUUGAAUAACGAGCAUAAUGCAUGGAGAGAUCUACAAAUACGAAGAGCUAGAAUUUUAUUUCCCAAUUCGAAUAAUAAUGAAAGUGAACUCUUAUCAAUUUAUCAAAAGCGUAUUAUUGAAAAUUUCACACCAAAAAAAUUAGAAAAUAAUUGUCUGCCAUUGAAAAAUAAAGAUAAAAUAGAUUUAAAUUCGGAAUAUAAUAAAGCUGAACAUAUGGGACGUGAAUAUUUAAAAAAUAUAUUUGAUAAUUAUAAAAAAAGACAGUAUCCAAAUUUAAAUGUACUUAAAGAAAUGAUCAAUCUUGGAAUGGAACAAAUGAAAAAACGGCCGAAAUCUAAUGAAUUACACAAGGCUUCAAGGUCGUCAAGUAUCCUUACGAAAGGAUUAUAUAUUCUUAAAAGUAAAAAUGCCUAUGCAAUGAGUUUAAAAAAUAUAGCAGAUGAUUUUAUGUUCUUACGUUUUGGUCGUUCGUUAGGCAAUCAAAAUAGUAAAAAAGCUUUCGUAAACGAACGAUUUAUAUCAUUAAUUCAUAUGUUUUUGAAUACAAUUUCUCUUCUUAUACAUUCAAUUCAAUCAGAUACACCAGAAACAUCACUAUUUCAAUUGUCUGAGUUUAAUUCUGAUUUACCAUCAAAUAAAAUUCUUUCGCCAACUAUUUAUAUUGAUGAAUGGACAUGGUUACUAGAAAAAUGGAAAAUAGCUUUGCAAACGUUUCCAAUCAAUUUAACAAAGAAUGGCGCAUUUGGUCGUCUUAUUCGUACAACAAUAGGCGUUGGUGUUGCUCGACUUUACGGUUUUGCUGAAAAUAACGAAUACGAUGAAUUGGAUAAUAAAUUUUUUCGAGCAUUACAAAUGGGUUUUUAUUAUGGUGUUGCUUAUGUACUCGUUGAUGGAUUACAAGAUAAUCAAAGUGAACAACACAUCGACAUGGAUAGAUGGCUGAUCGAAAUGGAACAUAUUUUAUGUGGUCAGAGAUUUGAUCAAAUAUCUCUUCCUCAAAUACCGAUAACUGAACUGCUACUCGAAACCUUUCAUAGUCUUGUACAACUAACAUCUAUGAAUUCUAUAACUGAGCAAACAUUUACUGAUCUUGCUUUACUUCUUCGUUCACAGAGAUCUGACAAAAGCAAUCUGGAAAGAUCCAAUAACGAUAAUAUUGAUAUUGAUAUUUAUAUUGGCCCCUUGCUGAAAUCUCAUUUCACUUAUACGGCAACAGCUGUCAUGGGUGGCGCGCGAAUGGUAAAUGAUAGUCAACGUUUAUGGGCAAUGCCGUUUCUAGGACAAUUAACUGAUGAUUGUCGUGAUUUUGAUGAAGAUCGUCGAGAAAAAUCUAUAACACCUGUUACUUAUUUUGUUGAACACAAUGAUUCAAUAUUAAAUCCAUUUUUUGUGUUUCUAUUUGUUUGUGAAGAUUUAUUUUUAGAAAGUAAUCGUGAAAAAGAUACAGGUGCAUUUUUAGGACGUCGAAUCAUAAGAACAUUACGAUCAUUACAAAAUAAUUUAAAUGAAUUUUUAACAAUAUUUACUGCAAAAUUACAUCCAAAUUUAUAUAAAUAUUUUCUAUCUUUAAUCAAUCUAUUUGAUCGUGUUAGUGAUCCAGAAAAGUCAAUAUUUCGUUUUAUAAAUAAAUUUGCUAUUAAUUAUUCAUUCAAUCAUCGAAAAGUUGAAACGUUUGCGUACGAUCAUUUACAUUUAAUUGAAAAACAAAUAACUAUUAAAACAAAUGACAAUAAUGCACUUGUUCGUGGAAUUAACCAUAGUUUAAAAGCUGGUGGAAAACGUCUUCGACCAUUAUUACUUCUUAUGGUUGCACAAAUAUACGAUAUUGACAUUGAACGUAUUAUGCCUCUUGCACGAGCAAUAGAAUAUCUCCAUACGAGUAGUUUAAUAUUUGAUGAUUUACCAGCACAAGAUAAUGCACCAAUGCGGCGAGGUCAACCAACACUUCAUAUGUCUAUUGAAAGUGAUAAAGAUGAAAUACCAUCGUCACUAACUGAAGGACGCGCUCAAUUAGCUGCUGUUAAUUUAAUUGCACAUGCUAUUCGAUUAGUUAAUGUCGAUCUUAAACAACAAGGUUUUUCGUAUAAAAGUAUUAAUCGAGUUACUGCUGAAUUAUCUCAAUCCAUGGAUGAACUUUGCCAUGGACAAUUUCUUGAUUUACAAGCAGCAAGAUUGAAAAAAUCAUUAACUAUUUUUGAACUUGAUCGUAUUGCUGAAUUAAAAACUGGUAAAGCGAUUGAAAUUGUUCUUAUUUGCCCAGUUAUACUUGUUGAACAAGAUGAAACUUUAGAUAUAAUAUUAGAACGUCUUCGUGAACUUGGUAAACUUAUGGGAAUUUUAUUUCAGAUGAAAGAUGAUUUACUUGAUGUAGAAGGAGAUAUCCAGGAAACAGGAAAGUUACCAAAUAUUGAUCUGCAAAAUCAAACAAUAACUUAUGUUAGUUUGUUAGGUAUUGAAAAAACCCGAAAACGUAUUGAUGCAAAAAGAAAACAAGCCGAGCUUAUUCUUGAUAAUUUAUGGCCACAAGCAGGAACUAUUCGUGAUAUUCUUAGACAUAUUUGUGAAAGAAAAAAAUGA